AUGGGCUGUGGAUCUUCUAGAGCUGCAAAAAAUGUCGUUGCACCUGCUGAAAUUCCUCAAAAGGAUACCAAAAUCACUACAUUCAACCCAAAAGAAGCUAAUCAUCACAUCAACGAUAACAAAAUCGAGAAGAAACAUCGCAAAUUAAGUCGAGAUUCAUUGAAAGAUUCAUGUGGAAGUGAUAAAUCAUCAUGUGAAAAUCUCAAAAAUAUCGGAAAGGGUAGUCAAACAUCACUAAAUGACAGCUCUAAAGACUACGAGGAUGAUAAGCAAAUUAUUACAGAAAAGACUGAGUUAAGCGAAAAGACUGCGAAAGAGCUAGAAAUUCGACCGUCUACACCAGAACUUAUUAUAAAUGGAUCUACUUUUAAAAAGCACAAAUCUGCUGGCACUAAAAGUGUUUUGCCGGAAAUUAAACGGUACAAUUCUCUUAUCUCAACUGAAAAACCCAACUCAAAUCAAAAACAAUCCAUGCCUAAUAAAGGAGGAAUGGCGUUUGAUAUAAUUCUAGCGCCUGAAACUAAUAAUAAGAAAAGACGCCCAAAUCAGCUUCCUACUUUGGAAAAAAGUAAACUUAAGCGAAAAGAGACUACUAAACAAGAGCUUGAGGCCAAACAGAAAGCUGCAAUGCAAAGACGCAAGCAUCAUGAAGAACAACUAAUUGCUAAAGCAACGGCAUAUAAAGAACGUGAAAAGAAAGUACAAGAUGCCUUACAAAAAUUUGCUGAAAAACAAACCAAAGAUACUCAAGAAAAAUUAGGCAGGUUGGAACAAUCUGCAGAAAAUAGGAAAACUCAAUUAGAGUCAUUGCGUAAGAGUUUUCGAGAAAAGGACCAAAGAGCAAAAAAAAUCAGGCGAGCUAAGCAGCAACUCAUGAGUGAUAAGGACGUCACUGAAAAACAAGACAAUGAAUAA